UUUUAAUUUAGUUCUAGCCCGAGUAACAGAGUUACAUUUUCACCAGGCACUAAUUCACUGGUAGCGCUGCAACUGACAAUUACCUUUUCUCUUUAUUUUUAUUUUUUUUGUCUAUUUUAGGAAAAGCCCAGAGAUUUUGGCAGUCUUCGAGCAAUGUUUCAAAAUGAUUCCAAUUUUUCCAAUAUGCUCAUGGAAUCUGCAAAGAAGCCUCCUGCUAAAUUCAAUCCACGGCAAAAUACAGGUGGCUCAGCUGCGCCUCAACCCACACCAACACGCUUGCACCAAAGGCAGGUUCCAGAUCCUGAACAGCAAACCAAGCAGUUCAGUUACACGUCACAGAAAUUGGAAAGCAGGCAAGUCAAGCCUAUGGUAUUCCCAAAGGCCAGGCUCAAAGAUAGGAAGGACCCAAACCUCUCUGGGGCCAUUUGCAAGCCACCUUUAUUGGGGGAUGAAUCGCAGAAACCACAUCCAAGAUCUUGCCUUUCUCCUCAAGGACCUGAAGGAGCAAGCAAUUCUUUUCGCAACACACUGCACAUUUGGGAAAGUGCACAAGGGGACCAGAAAUGUGGUGCAAUACCACCACAGUGUACAAUCAGGACAACUUCUCUUUCUCAUCCACAAGUUUCUAAUGUUUCAACAGAGGACAAAGCAAAAAUAGCUGGACUUAAGCAAGGGAUGAUCCUUGAUGUGUGUAAGCCUCCAUCCCACGUACAGAAUGAAUUUGUUCCUACAACUUCACCUCCAGUUCCUCCAAGAAGUCAGACAAGCUUAAGUAGAGUCAUUGCUGGUUUGUCUCCAAAUAGUUUGAACAAUUCGAACAGUCUAAGCAAGGUCUCAAAUGAAAGAUGUCCUGAUGAUAAAGAUGUCAAGCUUCCAAAAAUCAAGCUCCUUCCUUCUAUCAAAGAGCUUGGUCCUCCUCCAAAGAAACCACCAAGACCUCCCAAGGUAGAUCUUCGUGCCUUCCAGCAGAAUUUUCCAGAUACUCCAGAUGAUGCAUAUUUGACUCCCGAAAUUACUGAACUGGAAGAUUUGAACACCUAUGAAGAAACCAUAUACUAUCAGGAACAGCAAAAGAACUGUCCUAAUCCUGCUCAACGACCCAUACACUCUUUCAAGUCUUUGGAAAAGGAAGAUACUAAGAUGUGCAAUCCUCGAAGUAUAUUCAUGAAACCCCGAAUCAGAGGGACUGAGAAGAAUAUGCCUCAAGAGGAAACAAAUCAGUGUUUCUCUGGAGAAGGAUUGGCAAAGGAUGAAGAUUUUUCAGAUGAUUAUGUAUGCCUGGAAUCUUUAAGAAGAGAUGAAGGGAAAUGGGAUCCAGAUCUAAGAACUGCUACAUUGGAGCAAACUGCAGAGGAAGUGUAUGACGAUGUGGAAGGGAUAGAGAGAGACCUGCAAUCCUCCGAUGCCCACAGAUCAUUUGCUUUACAUUCUAAUGAUACCUAUGAAGAAACAUAUGAAGAUAUUCAAAGUGAAAUUCAAAGUGAAGGUUAUAAUUCCUCCAAAUCAGAAAUUUCUGGAAAAGGAAUUAUUCAUUCCAGGAAUUAUAAAAGAGAUAUCAAAAUUGAAAAAUUCAAAGCAUUUGGAAAAUUUUUCAAAGGAAAAUUAAAAAUAAAAAGCGCACAAAUGAAAGAGAGUUCUCGCAAUCUUUCUCGUUCUGUACCAAACCUAGAUGUCAUGGCCCAGGAAAACUUGGUGUAUAAUGACAUUGACCCAGAACAAAAUGAUACAAGAAAUCUCUUUAAAGUCAAGAAAUACGUUGUAGAAAAGAAUAACAAGAUGACAAAAGAGGAACAAUCAUUUAGAGAAAGAUUUAUGUAUAAUAAAGAAAUCACAGUAAUAAAUACGGCAGUCGCACAUUGCUCAAAUACUCCUAUCAGAGGAAACCUGGACUUGAGGAUUUUGCCUGGAGAACAACUUGAAGUUAUAGACAUCACUGAAGGAAAUCAACUGAUAUGUCGGAAUUCUGAAGGCAAAUAUGGGUAUGUGCAAUUAGAACAUUUGAAUUUCAGGCACUAGUGCUGUACAACUGAAGGCCAACACAUGUGACUUAUGGAAGGACGUUGUAGGCACAAUAUAGGGAAAAUAGUCUGCAUGAAUUUUCGUUGCUUGGGAAAGAAAACAAAAAUGGAAUUGUGGACAACGCACUCAGUCUGAAUUCUUCAGAAACUUACAAUUGCUACUUUUUUUAAUGAUUGUCAUAAAAGUGACUUUUUUGUAUUAGUGCUUGAUAUUCAUGCUAUCCUGUCCAGAGUUUAUCAAUUUGGUACAGGCCAAGGUACAAAUAACUUAAUGCCACUGUCUGUAAAAACACCUUUUUUUCAAACUUUGUUUCAGAUUACAACUCUUCCCAGAGCAGCUUUUUUUCAUGGUAAUUGUAAAUGUCACUUUGCUUUUUUGGAUAUUGUACAGCAAUACUUAGUCUUUGUGUGCAAGACCUAUUACCUGCUAUUGACACAUUUCUUUUUGUAUGUAUUUUGUCAAUAUUAGGAGUAUUACACUUGGUUUUAUAUUUAAUCCUGUAUUUAACCAGUGUAAGAAUUUGUGGACUAAGCAUUUAGAAAAAAUAUUGGGAGUCCAUUUGAUGCACUAUUUUUAAAUGUAAAUAGGAUAAAUAAAAUAUGAAUUGGCAAUUAACACAUUGCUGCUAAUUGUAGAGUUUGACACAAAACUUUGCAGAAAUUAAACACAUACUUAGAAGUGUUUACUGUUUCAUUUUUUUAAAAAACAAAUGUAUCCAACUCUGAAUAUUUACCAAUAUAACAAAUACUGCAAUCAGAAUAAGUUUCCUUUGUGUUGGAAAGUCCUAUUUGCUUUAAAUC